GAAGCGUAUCGCUUGUGAACAACCCUGCCCAUCAACCCCUAAACUCUGAGCGUGUCGCACCCCAGUCGCACGUUCCAAGUCCAAACAUCCACUUACUCCGGUGUGACGCCACUUUUUCGUCGAUCGUGUGGAGGAAACAUCGAAUUGGAAGAGAAGAAACCAAGUUCGGGCGUGGAAACCAGCGGUGUGAAAGGGUUGUUGAUUAAUUUCGCAAGCAUGGAAGAGGGUAGGCGGCAGUGGAUCGGAAGGCAAGAGAGGAAAUGCACUUAUUGGCCAGCGUCUGCGUACUCAUAUUGAUCUGUGGCGGUGGCUGUGGAGUGUCUACGGGUGUCUACGGGUGGGACAUCUGAAACUUGUCCAAAAAUGUAUUUUUGUUUGCGGCUCGCGCGUUUUCUCCUCAUCUCUGCUGUUUUCUGCGUUGGUCUCUGCUCCGAAGAUGAGGAAAGGUUGGUGCGAGAUCUGUUCAGAGGGUAUAACAAACUCAUCAGACCCGUGCAGAACAUGACGGAGAAGGUGCACGUGAAUUUUGGCCUUGCUUUCGUGCAACUGAUCAACGUGAACGAGAAAAACCAAAUUAUGAAAUCGAACGUAUGGUUGAGAUUUAUUUGGACGGAUUAUCAAUUACAAUGGGACGAAGCAGACUACGGUGGAAUUGGAGUUCUCAGGUUACCACCUGACAAAGUAUGGAAACCGGAUAUUGUACUGUUUAAUAACGCCGAUGGCAACUACGAGGUGCGCUACAAAAGCAACGUUCUGAUCUAUCCAAAUGGUGACGUUCUCUGGGUUCCACCAGCGAUCUACCAGAGUUCCUGCACUAUCGAUGUAACUUAUUUUCCUUUCGAUCAGCAAACAUGCAUCAUGAAAUUUGGAUCGUGGACUUUCAACGGCGACCAAGUCUCUCUAGCCUUGUACAACAAUAAAAAUUUCGUCGACUUGUCCGAUUACUGGAAGAGCGGGACUUGGGAUAUCAUCAACGUUCCAGCUUACCUAAACACUUACAAGGGCGAUUUUCCAACGGAGACAGACAUCACUUUUUAUAUCAUCAUCAGACGCAAAACUUUAUUUUACACGGUGAACUUGAUUCUUCCAACGGUUCUUAUCUCUUUUCUUUGCGUGCUGGUAUUCUACCUUCCAGCAGAGGCUGGUGAGAAAGUGACGCUAGGGAUCAGUAUUUUGCUCUCGUUGGUCGUUUUUCUAUUAUUAGUCAGCAAGAUUCUGCCUCCGACGUCUCUGGUGCUUCCACUGAUCGCCAAGUAUCUUUUGUUUACUUUUAUCAUGAACACGGUCAGUAUUCUCGUCACCGUGAUCAUCAUCAACUGGAACUUCCGUGGACCGCGGACGCACAGAAUGCCACAGCUAAUCAGAAAAAUAUUCUUAAAAUAUUUGCCAACGAUAUUACUGAUGAGGAGACCGAAGAAAACUCGUCUAAGGUGGAUGAUGGAGAUUCCGAACGUGACGUUACCAACUUCUACCUAUUCAGGAAGCCCGACAGAGUUGCCGAAACAUUUGCCAGCCUCGUUGACCAAAUCGAAGAUGGAAGUGAUGGAAUUAUCCGAUCUUCAUCAUCCGAACUGUAAGAUCAAUAGAAAGGUUCAUCAUACGACUAGCAGUUCUAGUGCCGCUGGUGGUGAGGGUUUGGCAGAUAGAAGAGGAUCCGAAAGCUCAGACUCUGUGUUGCUCAGUCCGGAAGCCAGCAAGGCAACGGAGGCUGUCGAAUUUAUCGCUGAACAUUUAAGGAACGAAGAUUUGUACAUACAGACGCGAGAAGAUUGGAAGUACGUGGCGAUGGUAAUCGAUCGACUGCAGCUUUACAUUUUCUUCGUUGUGACGACCGCGGGUACCAUUGGGAUCUUGAUGGACGCACCUCACAUUUUUGAGUACGUGGACCAGGAUCGUAUCAUAGAGAUCUAUCGUGGAAAGUAAUUUCACGAAAUCUAGUCGAUUAAAGAAGGAAUGGCGUGCCAUUAUCGCAAUAAUUUUCAUUUUACUUCCGUCUUUCGUCAUGUUCGAUUCUCUCUUUUGUAUACUUUACGAGUAUCGUAGAUCGAAUCGAGCACUAAACGGAAAAGAUUAAUCUCGAAGCGUGGGCGAAGAAUAGAUAUAGGAAAUUUUAAAAACGUUGCUUGGAUCGUUCUCACGUAGCAACUUAAAAGUUGCUCAUAAAGUUAUUUCCUCGUUUGCCAAAGUAUAAUAUCGUUGAUUUCUAUUUAUUUUAUAGAAGAACAAAGGUACUUCAUGAAAAGAUCACGAAUCGAUGUUAAUAUUAUGACAGUGGAAACAGGAACAACACUCUCAUGGAUCUUUUAUAACGAUCAAUCCUUUCUUCAUUUUAUACCGAGGAACGACUAUCGAGGUUUCAAAUAUUACACUCGUGAAACUAUCAAGGAACGAAGCUCAACUGCACUCGUCAUACAAUUACAUACAUAUAUUUCAUUCAUAAUACAUCAUAUGCCAGAUUUUGUUUCAAUUUGUUUACUCCAAGCGUUGAAUUCUGAUUUUCUUCAAGUCUUAUAUUACUCGCCACUUGAAAUUUAUAUUUUGUACGACACACGUUAGUUCGAAAUAUUUCGUUUAUUCCUUAUGUUAAUCAUUAUUGCAUCCACGAUUAUAAUUGUCUUCCUUGAAAAUCUUGGUCAUGAGUAUGCUGAAACGAGUGCGGAAUAAAUGUAAAUUGCGAAUCUAAUAUUAAAAUUAAUAUCCCAUUGACCGUGCAUCCUAGAUGAGUAAUUGGUUAAUCGGGAUUAAGAAUAAGCAUAGAGCGUAGACAUCAAAUAAUUUUGAUAUUAAUCGUGCGAAUUACCGUUGCCAUUAUUAUAAUCUAGCAGGACUCGUGUUUGAUGAUUCAUCGCGACGCAGAACAUCGAAGGGCCGUGACAACGUUUACCAAUCAACAGAUACAUUUGAUUUUUCUACUUAAUAUUUGAGAAAAAAUGUCGUCCGCUGUAUUCUCAUCUAAUUCAUAUUAAUUAUUAGUUCAAAUUUUAUUUGAAUAUCGCUGAAAUUCAGAAACAGAAUUUUGCAAUUAGUCCGUCAGUUAAUUAAAUAAUACAUAAUUAUACAUAAUUUCCACAUUGAUACACGCUCCAGUUUUUGGCAAAUUUUUCAAUAGAAUCACAAAGUUGUAUUCUUCGAUAGAGAUUUCAACAGUUUGUAAAAAAAAAGAGAAAAAAAGAAAAACAACGACAAGGAAGGAGAAAUUGGCUGGUCAGAUUCGCUGACGUCACCGCGGAAGCGCACAUUAAAAGCACAAUGUCUCGGCCUUGCGUAUUUAAUCGUUAUUAAAAAGGGGAGAAAAGUAAGAAAUUAUAUCGUAUAUCAUAUACGAAGAUAUGAUACCCACGCUACAUGUAUAUUGUACAGAAAACUGUUAAAACGGUCAUGUUUUCUCUAAUAGAAAGUUUGUCUCAUACACAAAGAGUGUUUAUGGUUGCCCAUUUAACGAUCGUUGAUUUUCUCAUAUGUAUCGCCUACAGUUGUGCCUCGCGAAUCAUCCCAAUUGUUAUAUAUGAUGUUACUGUAUAUAAUACGUAUACGAUCUUCGAUUUUUAUUUCACUGAUCUCCAUUAUUCAGCGUAACGAAACACGCAUUUCAGUCUUAUUAAGCCACGCACGAUCAAAGCCGAUUUCUUUCCAAAUCGAAGUUAUCAUUUACAUCGAUCGAUCGAUGGAAAAACACUUCAAGGUAAUUGCAUGUCCUUUUGAUAAUUUUAUACGUAACGGUGAAAGGAGAAAGGCGUAUAUCGGUUUCCAACCUCCUUUCACAAGGGUUGAACGACCUGGACUUUUAUAAAAUUUUAAUAUCUACAGCGAGGGUAUAAUCUGUGUGAAGGAAGGACGAUCGAUGGAAAAGGAUUUUGAGGUUCAGGUCAAGCGUGAAAAGAAUAUUGCCCGCGUUUUAACAAAAUUCAUCGUUGAACGUUUGUGAUUCGUUGUCCUCGAUGCUUGUAUGGAAACCUGAUGUGUAUGAGUACCUAUUCCCAAUUAGAGUAACGAGUUGAUAGGGUGACACGUGUCUUCCUUGAACGAGAUACAAUAACUAGAAUUUAGUCCCCCCAAGAAUGAAGUAAUUAGAUGAUGCUUAUUGAUUUCUAUACAUUUUACUUCCAUAUAUUUUAUAGCGUUGUUCACUCGAGAAUGCGAAGGGUGAUUGUGUAAAGAGAAUCACAAUGAGACGAUUUUAAUGAAAAUUUUACGAACCACGUGAAAUUGAAGAUGCCAGUUUUAAAUAGUCAUCUGGUUAUGGAUGACUGUAUUUGAUAAUUCUUGUAUUUUGCUUGUGAAUAACUUCUUACCUAUUACAAUUGUAAAUCAAAGAUUAAAUAAGAAUCGAAUUUAGAAAGCUGUACAACUGGCACCUUCGAUUAACCCUAGAAUAUUAAUGCAACUGAUUUUUGCGUCUUUUUUUCAUAGCUUUUUAUUUUUUAACAUUUUCCAGGUUAUAACUACUCGAUGAUAAUCCGUUAAGUUUUGAUAAUUUAGCGACUAUUGUGGAUAUACACGUAUAUAAUUAUUACAAGUAAAAAUAAAUGCGACCAUUAAAAGAAGAUGGAAUGUAUCUAGUGAUGUCGGAUAUUCUGGGGUUAAUGUCAUUUUAUGCAUGUAGGAAUAUUUUAAAAUUUAUUGCGCUAACAUAAUGUUAUUGUUUGUACGUUUGUAUCUUGGAUUUAAUGUUUUUAAACUUUUUUAUCUUGCGAUACUAUUGAAAUACGUAACUUUUGUUAAUGUAUAUUAAUAUAGCGAAUUCUCGUUAGAUCAAGACGAUUUUAAUCGAAAUAAAUAUUCGUUUAAUAAAUCGAAAUUAAACGAAGAGAAUUUUUUUAAUGACAGUUAACACCAUAAGAGAACUAUAAGUUGUGGAUUCUCUCAUUGGUUCUCACGUGCAGCAAUUCGAAACUUGUUCCACCUGAACUGUACAUCUAGUUAUCGUUAAAAUUGAAUAAGUCGAAUUAUUUUAUCAGCGUUACAACAAUCAAAUGAACGUAUUGGAAUUUAUCGCACAAAAAGAAACGUAAUUAGAGCUAAUUAAUAAACACCUGAACAAACUUUUCAUUCAUUUCCUUCCAUUUCAAAUACACGCAAACUUGACAAAUGUUGCAUCAUUAAUUUCAAACAUAACUGAUAUUUCUGUCAUUCGAUAUUUAACCGAUAUCAACUGAUAUUUGAACGAAACUUGUCUCUCCUUUUUAGAUAAUAUGUAUCUUAAAUUAUCAUAAAAUCACAGAAGCACUAUUUCGAAUUAAGGAAUAAAUUAAUUAAACGUUAAUAACGAUUUUUAGAUUCUAAAACGUUCUUAUGAAAUUUUUAGAUUGUAAUAUUAAACAUUGCCAAACCGCUUGAUAAAAACGAACGUUGAAAGAAUUUCAAAAAUUUCAAAGAAAGAAGAAAAUGAUCGCGAGUUAACGUACAAUCAUCGUGAAAGUAGCAAAGAGAAUCUUUAUGAAAUAGUUUUCGAUACAAGGAGUUUGAAGAUGAGCGUCCGAAGAUGGGAAAUCGUUAAAACUUAAGUGACGAAACACAGUUUGAAUCUCUUAUCUACUAGAGAAGAUGAUCGUACUAGCGAAUGUACAUUAGUCUAUCUUUAUGUAUUACGUAUAAAUAUAUAAAGAAAAAGGUAAGAAUACGAAACGGAUUGUUGAGCCGAAAAAUUUUGUACCUUAUUAUGCACGAGAAACACCGCGAAUAUGUUGAUUCGAAACAUUGGGUUUUCAUUACUAGACAUAAUAUUAAGAUAGGUUCAUAGGUAAUUCUUUUUACAAUGAAAUAAAAAUUAUUAAAUGAAUCGAGAAUACCUUCUUUCUAAAUCAAAAUGCGUUGCACCUAAUAGUGAUGUAAAUAAGAAUGACUGAUGGAGAAUGUAAGAAGGAAGUAAAUGAAAGACGUCUAUAUUCAUUUCAUUUAUUUCAACAAUUUCAUAAUAACGUAAUAAUGUUAAUAAUAUUACAAUGCGGCGAUUAUGUGCUCACCAGUUAACAGGGAUUUUCAUAUCGAUCAACGUUUCUGCCUCGAAAAAGAGCCCAGCGUAGAAAUAUAACAAAUUUUUUUAUUAGUACUAUUGUUAUUAUUAUUAUUACUCUUAUUAUUAUUAGUAUUAAUAUCAUUCAUUAUUAUUAUUAUUAAUAUUAUUAUUAAUAUUAUUAUUAUCUUACUUAACGUUCUUCAAUAUGAAUUUACUAUUAUCAGGCCAGGCUGUUGUCGAGGCAUAAUUAAAAGUCAAGUGAGAUCGAGGGUGAGUCAGUUCAAUUGCAUCGUCCCACCAGGGUCUACGGAAAAGGGAGUAUCGUUUUCAUCUUUUCUCUCUCUCUCUCUCUCUCUCUCUCUCUCCUUUUUUAAAUAUUUUGUUUUCUUUUUUCCUCCUAUAUAAUAUAUUUGCACGGGUAACGCAAAUUUUAUUUCUCAUUUAUUUCUUGUUUACUCUCUCUCUCUUUCUCUCCUCCCCCCUCUUUCUCACCCUCUCAUAUUCUCUCAUUCUCUCUCUCUCAUAUAUUCUCUGUUUUUUUUCUAUUUCUCUUUCUCUCCCCCUUUCUCACCAACUUUCUCACUCGCUCACGCAUUCACAGGCUCGAAAUAUUAUUUCUGUGUUAUCCUUCGUUAGACUCGCACGAACUUUUUUCUUUUUUUUCUAUUAAUCUCGUAACGACUUCGACGACUGGUGUAACGGUGGACAAUAAAGAGACGAUCCUUCGUUAAAAUAUAUUAUCAGGGAAGAAAAGGGCGUAGGUAGAGAAGAAAUAGAUCUCGUGCAUUCAUAUCUCAACGAUCUGUGUCGCUGUUUUGUCAACGGCAAGCUUUUUACACACCGGUCUUACUUGAAUCGUUUCUUUUCUUAUAUUCGGUUCGAUUUUAAAUUCUGAUUAAGAUCAAUCAUCCCCAGCUACGGUCCUUUAUCAUAUUUUUCUUUUCAUUUCGCUUUUGGCUUCGUUAAGUUCGAUAGAUUGUUCUGAGAUAAUUAGAUAUUUAGUUUUUUUUCUGUUAGUUUAGAGAGAAAAUGACCUCGAUAAAAAUUCGAGCCUAACUUCUAGUAGACUAUCUUUUGAAUCACCCCUAUAAUUUACUGUUCGAAGUUACUACAUUCUCUAUUGAUUACAGGCUAGCGUUUAAUAUUCAGUUACUCGAUUAUUGAUUGAUUUAGUUUAGCUUUUAUUUAGUUCCUCUCGUGUGUCUCCUCCUGUAUAUUACGAAUAUUUGGCGUUUAGCAUUCAAGUAUCUUUUUAAAUAUGCGUAGAGAUUAUAUUUUUUAAUAGUACACGUUUAAUUCUUCCUUUUUUUUGUAUUUUCUCCUUUUUCUUUUUUGAAUUUAGAACUUGUUCAUCCUUGUUUUUUAUAUCUUCCUUUUUUUCGCUUUCUCCUCCUUUCUUUCUUUCGUUUCCUAGUAUUUGUCUUCAAGCAUGAACCGUAUCGGCUUGUGGCUUUUUUUGUUUGUGAUUUCUUCUUUCCAUUCCUUCGACUCGGUUGUCGACUACUGAUCGCUUAAAGAAGGAAAACAGAGGAGAUUUUACAAACGGUGAAUCGUUUUGUAGUGAGAGAGUGUGAGAAUUUUUUUGAGCCGACUAUUGUUGUUCUUCGUAAUGAAGGGAACGAGAAUUACCUAUUCGAAAAUUAAUUCGAAAGUUGACUUUUAACCCUUUGUCGUCCACGUUGCUUCUUACGGCCGUACUACAAACGUCCCUUUCUAAAAAUUCAUUUUAAAUUCAGUUGGCUGUGACGCAUUUUCUUUAAGUUUAUUUAUUUUCUUUUAUAUAUUAUUAUUAUUAUUUUUAAUUUCCUUCUUUCUUUGUCCGUUAUAUCGAGAGUACCGCUCAGCGGCUCCUCGCACACGGAAAAUCACGACAGAUUGCAAAAAUUUCAGUCGAACUCUUGAACGCAGUAAAAAUAUGUUGAUUAUUGAUUUUUUCCUAACAAUGAUACAUAUUCGUGAACGUUUUGAGCGUUUAUCUUGCUAGUCAAAUUUCCAACGAAAUAAUUCAGGAAGAUACAUAAAUUCGAUGGUAACUUUAAGACCGUUCGAAAGGACAUUCGAGCAAUCAUUGAACUUUCCACAAAUUAAGAAAUUGUACGACAAUUUUUCGACUCGAUAAUAACGUGAAAAAUAUCUUUGUAUCCAUAACAUUUCUUCUUUCGAUAGAUAUUAUUAUCAGAACUGAAUUGAAUAAAAAUCGCGAGUGAAUUCAAUAUUUCUACCCUUUUACAAAAAUAGAAAAAAAUAACAGGUAUAUUUCAAUAUCAGUUACUCAAAAAUCCUUCGAAUCAUUCGUAGCACAUUCCAUAAUUACACGACUCACGUACAAAAGGAUGCCCCAUAUCGAAACUCCAUCGCUAAAUCCGUUAAUCGUUUUACAACGAAUCUCUGAAACAGUCUCGAUCUAGUCUAUACAAAUCCCUCCGACUUCAGUCGCCAAUGCGAACAAUUUCUCUCUUUCGUGAAAUACUCUCGAUUCUCUCUCUCUCUCUCUCUCUCUCACACACACACACACACAUUCUUUCUCUCUCUCGCUCUCUCUCUCUUGCGCGCGCGCUAAUUAAGCGUCUGCUGGGUUCGACAGGCGCGAUAAAUUACGUGCUAAAGAUAGCUAAAAAUUUGGCACUUGAACAUUGCGUGUCCGCGCUAAUCGUUUAUCCUAAUUCUGAAUAAUACACACUGCCAUGAAGAAAGUCCGCGGCAGUGAAUCGCGAGAAAAGAAACUCCGCCACUCCACGCAUUUCACACUCCAUCAGCAACAUAAUCGUCGUCGAUCUUUUUACCUCUUCUGUGAUAACGUUGCUUCGAUGGAGGUCAAUUAACUUGUUGCCUUAUACGUAGACCGUGAAUAUUUAUGCUAAUUCAUUUUACGAACCCAUGUAAAAUAGUUGAACGUGAAAGAAAACUGUUUCGCCUUUUAAAUGUUUUAACAAUUACUUCGUCUUGGACAUGAUGAGUUCUAUACGAAUUUCAAAUCUAAUGGUAAGUUCUUAGUCAGUUUUCUAAUUACAUCUUUGAAAGUAAAAAUUCUUCAAGCUCACGUCAAACGUAUAGACUUUUAUCGUCUACUAUUUCACGUGAGAAUACGUGUUAAGUGGUAAAGCACGAAGUUAAUCGAUUCCAUUCAACAAGAGGAUGUGGCCACGGGUUAUGUGACGAUUCUUCGAUGUUUCUUCGUGUUUAAAAUACGUGCGGAAUAACAGAUAUCUUAUGCGCGUUGAGAAUAUCACGUCUCGACCUCGUUCGCGGUUCAUAUCGUCGACGGAAGAAGAAAUCGAGCAGAAAGUAGAGAAGAAAGCAGCGGGACGAUGAACGUCCUUAAUGUUUUCUUCCUCAAACGACGUCGAGCAUAGGAAGGUCCGUGAAAAAUCGGCACAGAUUAUCGUUUCGCUGACAAUGAGUGUAACAAUGGGGACUGACUCGCGAGCAACAAUUUCAACUUUUCUAGCUUUUACCUCCGCGUCUCUUUCCGCCGAUUUUAUUCUUUACACGCUACCUUUUGCCGUAGUUUUAAUUCAAUCUCUUCAUAAUACGUAUCUAAAGAGAAUAUAUGUACGUAUAUGCGUUACAUAUAUAUAUAUAAUAUAUAUAUACAUAUGUAUACAUUGAUACGUAUACACGAAUUUCAGCCGAAAUGGCGAGAUGGGGCGAAAAACCGAUUUUUUUAUUAGAUUUCAUCUACCUGCGUGGCUUUUAGUAAGUUUUGACAAGAAAAAUUUAUUCGUUUGAUAGUAUAAGUUUUGUUCCAAAUCUAAAAUAAUUUUCGAGUUUGAAAUGUACCGACCGUUUUGCUAUUGAUUGAUCAGAACUUUAGUAAAAACAGAAUAUGUUUUGUGUAUUUUCUUCAAGUUAUAUCCGUACUGUAUUUAUUGCUCAGUUUAUUGCUCGUCACGUGUUUGUCUUAAGCUUACAGAAUAUUUGUAACAGAAAUCAAACUGUCAUUAAAUUAAUAUAACUCGUUUUUGUGCAAAAAAAAGCAGGUGUCGAGUAAACAACUUGAUUUGACCAAUAACUUAAGCAUUGAUUUUAUGUUAGAAUCAGAUAGAUAGAUAAAUAGAAUCAGAAAGAGAAUUGCACAAGUUUAGAAAUAACGGGACUUUAUAUUUACAGAAGAAAGUACAAGUAUGUAUGAAAAGUUGCUUGCGAGUUACAGUAAAUUGUAAAGAAUAGUUUUUGUAUUUUAAUGCAACGUAACGAAACGUUUUCUUCCGAGGAACGAAAAAUCUUUUUUCGAUAAAUACUUCGCUUAACUACAUUCCAAGUUGAAUACAACGUUCGUCCUAGAAAUGAGAAAACCGCAGACUAUGUUAUACAUUUUCUCUCCUCGUUUUCAUAAUUAUUACGUUUUCUAUGCGAAUUACGUCAACCUUGUUCUUCGUUUAUACUUCAUUUCGGCUGACCUGCUGUAUACUUUAUGCGUAUAAAGAGCGAUCUAGUAAAAUGGGACAAAGGGUCGUCGAUCUUUCGAGUGUCUUCGUGCAACGCGCGAUAAACGUCGGAAAAAAUUUGUUUACUAAUUACAAAGCGUAAUAUACACACUUCUCUUCGCUGAAACAUUUCGUAACGUUUUCUCCAACUUUACUCGAGCGCUCGUAAUUUCUAAGCGUUUCUACCUAUCUUCCAGCGUUUCGAGAUCUACAAUAAUAAAGCGCAUUUCACAAUUUAUGUUACAAGAAAAAUUUUCUCGCGCUUCGUUCGCGUCUCGCUGAAAAUUUCAUUAACAGCUCGAUAAAGUCUGAUUCUUCGCCUUCUUCUUCCUUUCACGUUUCUUUCUCGUGUUCAACUUUUUAUUUUUCCUUAUUCCCAGUAUCCACUACAAAAACGAAUCACACGACGAACGCGAGCAUCUCUUAAACUUGACAAAUACAAUUUUGAUUCUCCAUCGAUCACAGUACUUUCACAGUUUCGUGCUUGAAGACAAGGAACGCGACGCAAUCGCUACUUUUCCGUGAGAGAAACGUUCCCUACUAAGUUCCCUUAAUUAAAUAUCAAUCAGCCGAUCAAUAAAACCCUGGACUCCGUAUAAUCGUUCAAGGGGACUUGCGUUUCUUCGAACAGUUAAUCAGAGAAGCGUUCGUUCAGCAAAUAUACAUAUAUCACCAGAGCUUUUUAAGACGAGGAACGACGGGUGAACGUCAGUAGUAGAAAAAAAAAAAAAAUAGAGAAAGGAGGGGAAAGAAUAUAGAAAAGAAAUUCGUCUGGUGUGUUUUUGCGUCUUCAUUUUCCCGUGUGUCUUGUAACUACUUGUUUGGAGACUAACUGCGGAAGACUUUGACGUGCUAUAAGUAUAAUAGACCUUACACGUUAAAAUUACGUCAGGCUACAGUCGUUUUUUAUUUUUUUCUCUUUUUAUCUUGGCUAUGUAAAUCGGUGUUAUACCGUUCGCAACGAUUAAGAUCGAUUUAAUUUCACCUAGAAACAGUUAUCGAUAUCUCGCGUAGUGUUAGUAGAGGUAGUAUAUCAUACAUCGAGAGAGAAGAAAAAUGUUCGUUUUUCUCAAUAAACGUCUCAACAAUUUUCGUCGUUCGCUUUUAAGUUCCGAGGGGAUUGUCUUUGUGACACUUAAACGACACGGUGUCUCGGUGAGCAAUCUUAUUUGUUUUAUUUCUAACCGGUUAGCUUAAUAAGUUCCUUAAAAUGCUUGGAUUGAAUUACGAGUCGAGUAAAAGACUACAAAGUGUAGGAGAAAGUUUCGAAGACCUGACAUGGUCGAUGAAUCUUGCUUUCUUCCGAUUUUUAUUUCCUUUAUUUCUUUGUUUGUUUUUUUUUCUCUUUUUUUAUUUUCCAUGAUGGAUUCUACGUCGUAGGACGAUCGAAAGGGGCUACUUGUCGACGAUCUUGCGUUCGAUGUCUGACGUUUCAAGCGUUGAAGGUAAUCGAACCAUUGUUCAGCAGAGAGCGUUUCUUUCAGACAAUGAGUUAGUCUUUCGAGGAUAUUUUUCGAGUUAAGGCAACGUUGACGGAGGAAUGUAUUUGACUUUUACAGGAAGCUCGCACGAAGCUGACAUUUCCCUCUUUAAUCCCAAAGUAAUCCAUAAAUCGAUUCUUUUUACAUGAAAUUUAAAGUUCGCAUCAUCCAGAAUAAUUCGAUAGAACUAUAUUGAAAAAUAAAAUUUCAUCUCGAAACUGCACAGGAUUUUAUCGAAAAUUUAAUCAUUCGUAUACUUUGUUAUUUGAACAGCCAGUACAAAAUCGCGUAUGAUUAAGAAUUUCAUCGACACAUUAGCCCCUUUCUAAAUUUAAUCGUUUCAUAAUCGAUUGUACGUUCUCGAUCUCGUUCCUAUUUCGAGAUAUUUCUUUCUUUCUUUCUUUUUUAACAGUAUCGUUCACAUUUACUCGAAUAGAACACUCGA